ACCAAAUUAAUGAGUACGAAUAUACAAAAGAAAUAAUUUUUGUACUAUACUAAAAUGAAUCUAGAAGACAUGUACACUACUCUGCGCAGUGCGAGCGGGGGAAACGGCGCUAAGUAUGAAAUACUCCAAAAGUGGUUUGAAAUUUCCAAAAUCAUAGACGGGAGGUUAAUUUCCCGAGAGUUCUUCACACUAUCCUACGAGAGGCUGUGUCCUAGCCGGGAGGAGCUGAGUUUGGUGCAGUUUGUGCAACUCAUAGGGAUUUUAACUAGACAAUCGAAACUGGAGGUGGAAGUGUUUUUGGCGCUCUUUGAAACUGUAAGUCAAGCCAAAAUCGUAGAUGGUGUCAAAAUAACUGAGGAGAAUGCCCGCAAGCUGUUUGAUGACGUCAAAGACAAGCACAACGUCGAGAUAGAGAAGUUCAAGCAGGCCAUAGCCACGCUGGCGGCGGAGCAGAAGACCAACGUGGAGGCCUAUACCAAGACCCUCGCUAAGGAGGGGGAGAAGUUCUUCCGGGCAGCCAGCGCUGCAGCCGGCGCGGCUGCGAAGGCAGCAACGGGUGCCGCCAGCAGCGCCUUCAAAGAGGCCAUGGAGAAAAAAUAAAUGUAUAACGAGACGAAUUUUAA